AGAAAGACUGACCCUUACAUAUAAACACGGAUACCGUCGUCAACAUCUUAAUUAUGCCUACAGAUAAAAAUGGACUUUUCCUGUGUGAAACACAAAUGCAGAACACAAGUUAAAGGAGUUGUGGAUAUCAAGGAAAGAGCACUUCCUGUAGCAUUUACCAGUCCAAAGCAGCUUUAAGAUAUUUCUUCAAGCGCCGUCUUCAGAUUAAUUGAGUAACUAACCAUGUCUACAAGGGAGACUGUCGACAGCAUUCUUAACAUGCCGUGUUCUUGGCGGGAAUACGUGGCUAACGUAUUUCUGGAGAGUGGACAUGUCAACAGGGCUGCAAUUGUAGGACAAGAUGGCCGAAGAUGGGCAGCAUCACCAGCAUUUGAUGUCACUGCCUCCGAAGUCCAGGCGAUCUUGGAUGGCUUUGUGGACUCCUCGGCGAUACGGGCAUUAGGCAUAAGUCUAAGUAACAAGCGGUACACGUGUACCCGACAGGACAGUACAGUGAUGGUGGGGCGGGAUAGUGCUACAGGAUUUGGCUGUGUCAUCUACCGGUGCAAGCUCUGUCUCAUUAUAGGUGUUUACGAGGAGUCGGGCCACCCCGGUGGGUGUUACAGCAUGUUGGUCAAGGUUGGAGACUACCUAAAGGACCAAGGAUACUGACUUAUAUAGGAUAUUGUACUCGGGAAUCGUAUCUAGAAAGAAAUGGGGCUAGAUAACAUGGCGGACCCACCGUGACCUAUCACAGGAGUUCGGUAGUCGGAAUCCAUAUACCCACGGUACCAAGAACGUGGUGUCGUGUCCGAAACCCGGGACAGUGUCGACGAGACCAGUGGGGGGAAAUCAUGGGCAUGACCUUACCGUGUACCAAGUGCUCCCAUAGGCCGAUUGAUCACGGGAGUAUACCCAGUACUCACUAAUUUAUAGGACUAGAUUUUCCAUGAGAUCCCAUUAUAGGGCUCUAAAAUCAUGGAUCAAAAUGUUCCCUAGGACUUAUAGUACCACGUGUUCCUCGAUAUAUAUCAUGGAUCAAUUGUGGCAAGGUUGUAUAGUUACUAGGACCAUAAGGAUUAAGUGUCUCCCGGUAUCAUAUCGUGGAUGAAUUGUAGCAAGGCUAUGUACUAUACGGAUCAAGGUGUCCAUCAUUGAUCAAGUGUUACUCGCAAUAAUGACAUUGACCGAGCCGAGGGUUAUUGGGAACCAUACCACUCGUCAAAGUGUUCCCGGGGUCCAUUCCAUGGAUUUCAUAUACAGGAACUCGUGCUUUGAGGAACUGUAAUUGGUGGUAAUCACAAAAAUUAGUUGGGACCCUCGACAACAUAUCCGGUUGGUCUAGCCAGGAAAACAACGCGCGAGACCGACUAAUUACCUGUAGGCUAAUGGUGUGUAAUAGGGACACCAUUACAGGGUAUGUCAAACCUAGGGAAGACAACAUCACGUUAACUCUUGAGAACUGUAAGACGAUAUUAUACUAAUUAUAACGGCAUCGUGUCUUACCAUUCCUAAUGGCACUACAAAGAGUGUAAAUGUCUGACGAUUGGUCUUGAUCACGGGAAGCGUGAUUAUAGGCGAAUGAGUCGUAUGGCUUCAACGGCAUUUGGUUAAUUGGCUACCAAAGAAAAGGAACUUGGAAAUAUCACGAGCACUAACACGAGAGGUGAAGGUCGUUACCGUGGCGAUCCCUGUACAAGGAUGUACGUGUUUUAUAGGAAGAGAGCGGUCCUUAUUGUGUCCCUAUAGUGGAGGAAAACCCGCAAGCGUAACUAAAUAUGAUUCUUAUAGGGGACAAUCGACGCCAUCGUGACAAUGACAAAUACCGGCGUCAGCUCACGGCCUGGUUGUUAGUGUAGAGUUGGUACAUUUGGUACAUAUCUGGUAGGAUUGGUGCUAAGUUGAUGUAAUCGACAUUGAUGUUUCCUAGUGUAUAGGUACCCAAUAUAUAUAUUUGUACAAUUAGUGAACAGUUGUACAUGUAUUUCAGUGAACUGUCGUUGAACCAUACUGAGAUGGAUUUGUGCAAUUAGUGAACAGUGGUAUUUUGGUGAACUCACUUGUUGAACCAUACUUAGAUGGAGACAGUGGUAUUUUGUUGGAUUUGUACAGUAAGUGAACUGUGGUAUUUUGAUUUUAGUGAACGGCAGUUGAGCCUUACAUACAUAGAUUUGUUCCCAGAGAAGAAACCUAUAUUACCAAGUGGUGUUGAGGACAAUGAUGACGAACACACACCUACGUAUCUUUAAUCAUCAGUCAUGUGAUUGGCUCAACUACCGGUUAAAUAUACUCUUGUUGAAAACAUAACGAUGAUUAUUAAAUUAGUGCAUGAACAAUGAGUAGCGAGAGUCAUUAAGGAGACGCUAUGAUAACAUGAAAAUUGCGUCAGGGAGCUAUCAAUGCUGUCACUUGAGCAAUCUUACCACAAAUCAUUGGCUAAAUAUGAACUCAGGAGACAAAGCUUUACGCCAGUCAAUUUACUGUAGAAGCACGUAAUGGUUGUCCCCAGGGACAUGGUUAGACAUUCCUUCUCCUAGCUGUAAUGUAUACAUACACCGAGAAGUAACUAAAACUGUGAUAUAUAAAUAUAACGAAGGGGAUUUGACAUGUCUAACCGGAACGAACUUAUCUUUUGCGUAAGAUUACAGCCGAUGCUAAUGAUGUAUGUUUUGUUUGUUCGUUUUUGAAUGAUGUGUAUAUUUGAUUAUAUACUCAAAAACCAAAAGUAAAUUACUGAUUAAUUU